CUCCAAACCUCAUUGAUUUUAAGCACUUAAAUGAGCACCGGCAGUCAGCACAAUUGUGUCCUAUGCGAGUCGAAGCUGGACUCGAAGGAGGCACUGCAGGAACAUUUUAGGAAACAUGCAAAUAAGGAGAUAGAUAUGCGGGGGAUGCCAGUGAGAAGCAGAAAAAGUACGGCUACUCAAUGUGAUAUAUGUGGUCAGUCAUUUGAUACAAUAACGGCAACUAUAAGGCAUAGAUUUAAAAUGCAUCCUAAUUCACCGAAUAAAUUCUAUUGUUUCUAUUGUGGAAAGCAAUUCCCUCUAAAGACUCAUAGAGAUAGCCAUCAAAUGUCACAUGACACAUCUGAAAGUGAGAAAAAAGAGGAGCAUAGAAAAUGUGAAGAAUGCAAUGUGUUAUUUUAUAACCAGAAAGCGCUGAAUUACCAUCAUCGUUCUGUUCAUAAAAUAUUGGUGUAUAUGUUUCAACCAAUAGCCACUCCUCCACCUAGUAACAAAAUCAAAUUGAAUUCUAUGAAUGAUGCAUUGAGCGUGUAUUAUUGUCAUCUAUGUGGCGUGGAGUAUGUCAUAAAAUUCAAUUUACAACAACACUUGGAAAAGAUGCAUACGCCAGAGGAAAGGGAAACUAUGCCAGAUGAUUUAAUCAAAUGUACAGUAUGCUCAGCAUUGUUUUGCAACAAGAAGGCCUAUAAUGUUCACAAUGCUUACCAUCAGCCAGAUGAUUUAUAUGUAACUUCUGAACAACAAAGAAUGCAGACUGUAACUAGAAUCGAUCAGACAUUCGACAUCAGAAGAGUAGAGACUAUGGCUGAUAAAUAUAUACCACGUUCUAAUAUAUUUAAGAAAGCAAUUAAGCACGAAAUAGAGCUAAACAAGACGCAGAAAAUUGAAAUUAAGGAAAUAAAGAAAGAGAGGUUUGUAUCCUUGGAGGAUACUGUAGAUGCCAAUGAAUCCAGUGAUUCCGAGCUAGAAAUUAAAAAGAUAAAGAGAGAAAGAUCUGUGUCCUUCGACGAUAAUAUUGAUAGCAACGAUCUCAGCGAUUCCGAGACAAACAUUAAAGAAAUAAAAAGGGAAAGAUCUAUAUCUCUGGAUGAUGUUGUGGGUACCAAUGAAUCCAGCGAUUCCGAGAGUGAUAUUCCGUUGGAAAGAAGGAUUGCCAGCUAACGGAGGUUCUCUUUUUAAUCAUAAAAAGUCCCCUAUCCCUUGAGGGUACUUUAUUAUAUAAGAGAUUUAUGAAUUCCUACUACAAUCGUGAUAGCUAUCAAAUCUUUUUUGAUUUCUCUUUAUAACUAUUACUACAUAUGCAUAUUAUACAAGUUAAAGAAGAGUAACACUCGAUUGCCCAUGUUGCCAAUUGAUUGAAUACUAGAUAGAUGGUGUAUUAGAAAAUUUCUAAGCACCACUCGAUAUGAGCGGACGUGUUCAAUCGCAACGUAGUUAAACGAAACGUUCCCGUUGAAGAAAUAGUGUAGAAAGCCAAUAUUUAUUUUUAUUUUUGACGAUCAUGUUAAAAAAAUAUAGUAAUUGAAACAAUUGAAUGUGAAUAACUAUGUUUGCUAAUUAAAUCUUGAUUUUUAUGUGUGUUUGUAUAUAUCUUAUUAAAUAUAUACAUAUAUAUAUACAC